UUUGAGACGUUGACGCGAUCGCCAGCACAGUCAGCUUGAAUCAGCUAAAUCGCGGCAGUUGGCCAGUCCAAUAUCGCAAAACCACAACUGGCUGAAGUACACUUAAACGGGUUAAUCCAAUACAUGACCGAAAAAGCGAACGCUCUUAAUUUUUUGUAUACUUUUUCGGUCGCCCUCUGCAAGUGAAUUCCGAUUUCGGUUUAUUUGGUGAUUUGCAUAAUAAUAAUAAUAAUCUGCAAGUUAAUAAACAAUGCAAAGAAGUGGGCAAAACUCAUAAAUAAAGUGCACCGCCUAAAGUGUAAUUAAAAUCCAUUGAGAUUUUUUUUUGAGCGCACAGCAAGGAGAAAACAAGUUUGUUGCCUAAGUUAUUUGUUUUGAAAUUUCAAAAAUUCCAAAAAACAUUUAAUAACAAGUAUUAAAAAAAAGAGAUAAAUCUCUGACUUGAAGUCGGGGGCCACGUCGACAAGAAGAGUUCCAUAAAAGACUUGGAUGGUGACAAGUGAGGAUAGCUAGAGGCAUCCAUAUAUUCAACAGAGAUGAUUUUGAGAACACAACUUUGGCUUGGCCUGCUUUUCCUGGGGCUGCUCCUCGCACCUAGUGUUUCUGGCGAGGACGAGGACUACGGCGGUGACAUGGGCGUGUCCAACAACGACGAGAUCUUUGACACUGCCCAGCUGGAAGCGGAGGUUGAAUCGGAGAUGCAGCAGCAGCGCAACAGCCUCGAGGAGGAUCACACGCAGCCCAUGGAACAGGAAAUGUCCACCAUGAGACCGGUGGCCCCGUACUCCGACGAAAAUACAGCUUCCGAAACGAUGGAAGAAGCUCCCGCGCAAAAACGCGUGGUAAAAGAGGAGGAACCUUCUAAGCCCUCCAAGGACUACUAUUACGAGGAUAAUCCCGAAGAGGAGACGGUGGCCAGCACCACAGCCAGGGUAGCCACCACAAUGAUUCCCGAAUAUGUGCGUCAGGCCAAGGCGGAGAGAUUCCCGCAGCGGGAUCAGGAACAUGAUGCCUCCGACUACGUCGUGGAGGAGGAGGCCACGAAAUCGGUGGAAGAACAACUUCCAGCCGAUGUCUCAUACCAAGUGGAGCAUCUGGAACCCGUUCCCCAGGCUCAAGUUCAACAGUUGCCCAGUAAAGACAAACCCAAUCCGUUCAAGUACUCCACGGAAGAUGAGUACUACGAUGACCAGACAGAGGUAAAGCCUCAGACAACAACUACUACCACUCAAGCGCCACUGCCCGUGCUGAGGGCUCGAUUUGGCAGCUUCCCGUGGGCCACCACACAGGGACCAAAUCUUCCAGCUGCCAGUACAACCUCCACCUCGACGACUACCACCUCGACCACGACAACGACCACCACAUCGAGCACAACGCCCAGUCCGAGGAAGCAGGCCAAGCACAUCCAUGUGUCCGGUGGAGUCAAGCCGGAACUUUUGCCCGCCGAUCAACUGCGGAACUACAUCAAGGAUGUGUACAUUCGCAUGCCCUUGGCCGUGAUUAUAGAUCCCUCCUCCGCAUCUUUGGAACAGGCGAAGCGACUCUACAUCGAUGCUUUGCAGGACAAAAAUAUUGACAUUAAGAUUGUCUUGGUUACACUUAACGGAGACGGAGCUCCCUCCGCCUUCAGCUUUAACAAUACCCGCGAGUUUAUCGCUGGCCUGAACAGCACCAAGGAGCACGAGGGCGGCAACUCAUUUGUGGGCGUGCUCCAUGCAGCCGAGCUGGUGCCCUACGAUAGUGCCGUGUUCAUAUCAACAGCUUCGAUUCCACCGCAUACGGAACUGGUCCAGGAUGCGGCCAUUACUCUGCUUAAGAAGAGGAUCAGGCUUUUCCUUCUCUGGUACGGUGAGCGUUCGGGCAGCGAGAACGAAACGGAGGACGCUGUGGGCGGAAUCCUGGGCGAGGUAGCCAUACGGUCAGGAGGCGAGAUCAUCCACAUUGUGAGCACCGAGCACGGGCAGCACAUAGCGGGCAAUACGCUCACACUGGUUGCGGACGCCUAUCAGGGCUCCCAGGAGCUGGAACUGCCGGUGGACACGACGCUCUCCAGCCUCCAUGUGCGCAUCGAUGCGAACAUGAGAAGGGCAUCGAUGGAGACGCCGAAUGAGAUAAAUUUGAAGAAAUUGGCCAAGUUUAGCGGAGUUAAUGUCACGGCUGUGUCGAAGCCCCACGAACUGGAUGCCUUCGUACCGCUCAAUAAGCUGCGACGAACUGCAAUCUUCAAGCUGAAGCUCCAACCGGAAUCCGGCGACGAAAAAUACAACGUUUUUGUGCGGGCCGAAAGAAAGGCUGAUGUUUUCUUGGGCGACAUCAUCAAGCGCAUCGAUAGCUACUACAAAAGCGGGCAGACAAAGGCGAAAUCGGCUCGCAUCCAAUUUCCCGACAAGGAGAAGGACACCGAGAAACUAGAGGAGGAUGUGGAUUCGCCGAAGAACGAGAUCGAAACCUUCUCGGACAAGGAAAUUCAAAGUGCUCCGAGUUUGAAUCAAACCCUACUAGCUGCUGCCACCACGGGGCAGCCGAGAAGCACCCUAAAUGCCAUGCUUCUGCAGCGGUGUGGCACCAAAAUUGAGCUGAGCACACAGUCCCAGCUCCUGGUCACCGCUGGCCAAAUGGCCACGCUUCUUUUUGAGGUCACCAAUAUGCGUUCGGAGGCGGUUUACUCCACCAUUCAGGUCACAGACGAGCGUCGCUUCCUGGUGCAACUGAAUCCUACAAGAUUAAAUCUGCGCGCUUUGGAGACGGGAACAGUGCGGCUGACUGUUUUGGUACCCUUGGGAACGGCACAGGGCACCGCUGAUAGGAUCACCUUUACCAAUUAUGGUCGAGAAACAGCCACCUUGGCGGUUAAUCUUAAGGUGGUCACCAGCAUCGAUGCUCAGGACACAACUGGUCCCACGUUAUCGUGGGAGUUUGGCAGUCGCUGUGAUUAUCUGACGCCCGAGUCCCUCAAUUGUGGCGAACGCUUUUGGACGCUGGACGUCACCGCCCAGGAUUGGCAAUCGGGAAUGCUGCGCUUGCAGGCCACACCACCAGAGGGACUCUUUUACCGAAACUACUACACUGCUGGGAGCUCGGAGCCACUGAAGGCCACCUACAUGGCCUCCUGUUGCGAACCCAAGGUAUCACUUGUCGCCUACGACGCAGCCGGUAAUCAGAGGAGCCUCACCAUCGAUGUACGGGACGUGUAUUUCAGCGAAGCCGCCAUCGCAGCCAUCUGUUUGGGGGUCAUCCUACUGCUGCUGUUGAUCGUGGCCAUUAUCUGGGGCAUCGUGUGCUGCUACAGGCGGCGGAAGGUGUCGCUGGAACUGCCCACUUAUAGAUCCCACUCCACCAGGAGCAUGGAGUAGAUACUUGUUUUGUUAUAAUUGUGCCACAAAAAAACGAAUCGAAGAAAUAUAAUGCCAACGAUGAUUA